AUUGCGAUCAGCACUGCUUCAAAUACUCUGAAGGUCGUCGGAUGGAACAGUUACUUGCAAACUUUAAUGACUUAGAAGAAUGUUUAAUAUCUGAUGAUGUUUUUGAGAGUUACUUCAACUACUAUCUGUCACUUCCAGUUUUCUCUCGUAAGCUGCAAUAUAACCGUUUGAGCGGAGAAUUCAUCAGUUUUGACCCUUAUGAUUUUAACUACAAAAGUCCGAUGAAUUAUGGAUUAUCUGAUGAGGAUCGUGAAAGGGUUGUCCAGUGGGCUGAAGCGGAACGUAUGCCACACUUUUUGAGAAGUGACGUAUACCGAGAGCUUAUUUUAUGUAAGCUAUUAGCAGCCCCGCUGGAGCUGAACUCAGAUCACACAGACUAUUGGGUACCUUUCGAAGCAGAAUUAGAGAGCACUUUCACUGGUCCUGCUGGUAUCAGUAGGCAAACUCGCACUUCUGGAGAUUCGAAUAUUAGCUCUUACGAAAAUGGAUCAGACAAUAACGAUAGUGGGACUUCCAGUCAGAAUAACCAGUCUACCACUUCUAAUGUCAACUCGGGCAGUAAUGAAAGUACUCAGAUAGUAAAUGAAUCAAUACCCUCAGAAUUUUCAGAUGUGACAUCAGGAAGACGAAGAAGCCGUGAAUAUUCAAAGUAUUUUAAAACCAGACGACUAUCUAUGUUCGAAGGUAAUCUGCCAAGAGUGAAUGAUUUCAGUCGUCCAAGUCCAUUGGUUGAACAAACUAGUUGUGAAGAAAGCAGCCGUAGGAGUGAUGAUGCUGGUGCCAAUCGACUACGUCGUCAAUCAGAACCAAUUAAAUCAUUGUAUCAUUAUUAUUAUUACUACAAUAGUUCGAGAAAUGAUACAUUUGAUACACUCGAAUUUGUUCAAGAUAGUUUGAGACAACUGAAUUCUAAACAAGAGAAUAGUGAAACAAAUCUACCUCCAAAUAGUAGUAAAUCGAGAUCAAAACUAUCUGAUAACAUUUCAAAAAGUGUUCUACACGAUGAAGUUGAUAUUGAGAAUGUUUUUCAUGAGAUUCAGGCUAUGGAAGAAAGGCAAAAUAUCCCUAUGCAACAAUUAAAAGAGAUACUUCUAUCCUCUCGUGACGGGAUGAGAGAUUUUAUGGCUUUCCUAGUUACAACAAGUGGUAUACACCUUGUUGAUUUUUGGUUGGACUGUGAAGCAAUCAAAAUGGUAACAUCAGAGGAAGAUUCAGGUUUCGAUCGUGUUAAGAUGAAAUUUGAUUUAAUUCGUGACCUUGAAGAUCGGUAUCUACUUCGAUUGACACCUAAAGCUCGACAGAAAUUAUUCACAUCAAUCAAUACCAUUUCAGAUUAUUUUAUGACGAAAUGCUGUGAUCCUGAAGAAUCGUAUAUAUGUCAAUUGGGUGAUAUGAUGUUUGACUGUGUCCAGUAUGAUUGCUUACGACGUUUAAGAUAUUAUUGGUUAGCAAGAUGGCUAUUACAUUGGGAGAGAAUAAUCAGGAAUUGUCAGUUCAUGCCAAGUGGUCUGGGUGGAUCUGCUUUGUUCUACAUACCAUCACAACGAUCAUCAACUGUUCAUAGCGGUAAAAAUUAUUUUAAUGAUAACCGGCGAAAAGUAUCGUCCAACGUCAACACUGAAAAUCUAUCGUUGGAUAGUUCUGAUAUUGAACAAGAAGAUCGUGAUUAUGAUGACGAUGAUAUGCGGCCUCAUAAAGAAUAUGACGAAGAAGCAGAACGAGAAAAGAACGAUGAAGUAUUUGAAGAAGAAGAAGAAUUAUCUGGAUCCGUACAACAAAGUCAGGAGACAACAAGAAUUUCUAAAGAUGAAAAGUCUUGGAAUCAAGAAAUAUACGACACAGUUGUUAAAAAUGCUUUAUCCAAAGGUGGACUCAUUAAAUCAGACCUAAAUCGAGAAAUUUUAAGAAAUAUGCCCAGCAGACGUCUUAAAUCACAGACUUCAUCAACACUUGCUUCAUCUACAACGCAGACAAGCAGGACAGGAACACAGAUAUCGAGAAUGUCUAGUGGAACUUUCAAAAAGUGUAAUCUCGAUAGAAUGAAUUACAAAUCUAGAAUACCACUAUUUAAGAAAUUAAAUGUAUCGUGGACAAUACCAUAUGAUCCAAACGAUGUCAUAGGCUUGAAAAAGUAUCCUGGUUCAAAAUGGGAGGGAUUGAGAUCUAAAACUUUCAAUAAAUCAAAUAUGCAAUUGGGAAGAUUGAACACUGUCUAUCAAAAAUCUUCAGUUGUCAUAGAAUCAUUUAUAACAACACUAGGUCUAAACAACUACAGCAGAAGUGAUGGAUUUUUACAAACCCCUAAAAAUCUGAAAUAUGAUUCCCAAAGUAAAACUGUAAAACAGAAACUGCUCAGCAAAAAUAUUAAGUUACCAGGUAAGGAACUGGAGGGGAAAUAUAUUCUAGGCGAACGACAGCAAGAAGGAGUACCUUCGAAUGCGGACAAUUCAAAGUACGCUUCACUAGAUACCUUAAAGAAGAAAUGUCUGUCAGCAAUACAUGCAGAUGCAGCCUCAGGGGGUCCAUUCCAGUUUUAUUUAGAAAGAAACUGUUUGGAAACACAAAGUCGAAUGCUUGGCUUUCUCCAAGCUCUACAUGAUCACGUAAGACAAAAUCUGAGUCCAAUGCCAAAUCGUUUCUCUAAGCUGGCAAAAACUUGGUACAUUGUGAAUAACUUUCUAAGGUCAGGUAGUCGCUGGGACUUGAAUAUUGAUCCAUCAGUUGUGAAAUUGAUUACUGAAACAAUUCAAACUAAAAAGGACCUAACACCUGUUCAAAUAUUUGAUCCAGUGAAAAGUAUUUGUUUAAAUGAUAUCUUUCCAUUUUGGAUUGAUUAUUUGAAAUUUGAUGCUUUUCAGUUUGCUUAUGCUGCACAUAACAGUAAAAGUGAGCAAUACAUGGUGCCUAAGUCGGCUGAAGAUUUUGAUGUGUUACUGGAUGAAAAUUCUAACUUGAUAGUUCAACGUAAGCCAGUAGAAAUUCCGCAACCUGCUACAUCGUCUAGUCUUUUGAAGCGUUCAUCAAGUUGGGAUUAUCUAACACCAGCUGAAAAGGAAGAACGUAUUCGAUUAAAGUUGGAACAGGUUAGAAUAACGGAGCGUGAAAGACGAAAAGCUAUUUUGGCAGCACGAAGGCGUCAACGAGAGGCACUAAAACCAAAGAAACAAGACAGUUCAUUAUCAGGACUCAUCAAAGUCGAUACAACACAGUCGGAUGAAGAAAAUGAAACAGAUAAGCAUAUAUUAGAAGAUGAAAGAGAGAUGCAAUCAAGAAGGACUUCGAAUCAAACUUAUAAUUUAAAAUCAAUGAUCAAUAACAAACUGUUGAUAUCAGUGUUUCAAGAAUGGCUGAAUACAUUGAACACAUCAGAGUUAAACCAUAAUGCAUCGAACCACUUGGCGUUUAUUUUAGAAGUAGGCCAAUAUCUAUCAAUGUCAACAAAUCAGUUAAAUCUGGCAAAAAUCAAGCAUAAAAUUGAUAAAGUAAAUUCUAUUUACGCCAAUUACCUGCGUGAAUCUUGUGAGAAGCCGAUUGAAUUGCCAGCGAAAUUUAUAAAACGGUUAGAUCAAGAGAAAGAUCGUCCAACUUCAGCUACCCUGAAAGGUCUUCGGGACUAUCAUUUAACCAACCUAUCUUCGUUAUUUAAUGGAUUCUUGAGUGUGACAGCUAAGAAAUUUGGUUUAUCAGUCUUGCAAUUAUGCCAAAUGCCUGAAAUCGAUUUGGCUACAUUAGUUGGUACGCCGAAAACAGCAAAUCAGAUGGAGCAAGCAAAACAGAAGUUUUCUAUCAAAGCCAGACCGAUGUUAGAAGAUAAAGAAGAAUUGUCAAAAUUAUUGAAAAGAGCUGCUUUUCAACCACCUGAUUUUCGGCUAGUACUAUUUUAUCAAUACUUAGUCGAUUAUGGGUCUAGAGAAAACUGUCCACUAAUUGAUCAAGAUCUGAUAUUCCACAUUGAAGUUUUACGCUUUGAGGUUCCCAUGAAUUACUGAACUUCAUCGAGGUCAUGUCGAACAUGGGCUAAUCAGGAAAAAAUUAUUAUGCAUUCUGCAAACAUUUUUAGAAUCUGUCUUCCCGCCACAAAUUCAAAUUAGUCUAUCAAAUGAAGUUGUUAAUCGAUUGACUGCACGAAUACACCGUCAAACUGAUCAUAAAGCUUCGAUCACUAUAAAUCUAUUCGAUGAAGUGGUUCGACUGACUUUCAAUGAAUUGCUACCAUUUUGGGCAGGCUUUAAAAAGAAUAUUUUGUUAAAAUCAGCCAGUUCAAAAUCACGAACACAGUCUACAGUUAGAUCUCAUCAUAAACAGGAAAUUGUAACAUCCUCGUUUUCUACUCUAUUGACUUACAAAUAUCAUAACUUACUAGAAGAUCGUUUUAAAGCUUACGAAGAAUGGCAGUCACCUUCUACAGAUAUUCACCUUCCCACAGUACCACGGGAUAAAGAAGCGAAUUCUUUCACUUAUUCAAUACGAACAGGUGUGGGUUGGAAGAAUACUGAACACCGAACAUCCAAUUAGUCAUCACUUUAUUCACAUUAAACUUGAUCUAUGAAAAUAAACAUGACUAAAUUUAAACUCCGUUUGUAUUAUUGAUUUUUCAAAAGGUAUGCACAUAGAUAUAUGUUAUGUUAAAUAGAGUCUUCAUACUUAGUAUUUAGCCCAUUUUAUGCUGAUUGUUACAAAAUAGACAAAUUGACGAAGAAUUUAUAUUAGUUAGCAUGUGGUUGUGUGGAG